UCAUGAAAUCUUACAUUAUCUUCAAUUCUAACUCAAACCCAUUUCUGAAAAUCCUCUCUUUAUCUUCAUUAUACCUCCAAGUUUUCUUCUUUUUUCUUAUUCAGAUUCAUUUCUCUUUCUCUUCUUCACCAAAAACUCUCAUUUUUCCCCUUAAAACCCAAACCCUAAGAUCUCCGAACAAGCUUCAGUUUCACCACAACGUUAGCCUCAUUGUCUCUUUAACAGUAGGCAUUCCACCCCAAAAUGUUUCCAUGGUUCUUGACACAGGAAGCGAGCUUUCUUGGCUCCAUUGCAACCGAACAACCGGAAACAACCAAUCAGACCCGAAAAAAUUCGACCCGACUCAAUCAACCUCGUACAAGCCAGUCCUUUGUUCUUCUCCAACAUGCAUAAACCAAACCCAAGAUUUCCCAAUCCCCGCUUCAUGCGACUCCGAAAACCUUUGCCACGCAACUCUUUCCUACGCUGACGCUUCAUCUUCCGAAGGAAAUCUCGCGUCCGAUAUUUUCCAUCUCGGGUCAUCCGACAAUUUUUCGGGCCUUGUUUUCGGGUGCAUGGGUUCCAUUUUCAGCUCCAACUCAGACGAAGACUCCAAAACCACCGGGUUAAUGGGCAUGAACCGUGGGUCACUUUCUUUUGUUUCCCAAAUGGGAUACCCAAAAUUCUCGUAUUGCAUCUCCGGUUUCGAUUUCUCGGGCCUCCUUUUGCUCGGUGACUCCAAUUUCACGUGGCUUACGCCAUUGAACUACACGCCUUUAAUCCAAAUUUCCCAACCGUUGCCGUAUUUUGAUCGGGUCGCUUAUACGGUUCAGCUUGAAGGGAUCAAAGUUUCGGGUAAGUUGUUACCCAUUCCGAAAUCGGUUCUAGUUCCGGAUCAUACUGGGGCCGGUCAAACCAUGGUUGACUCGGGUACCCAAUUCACUUUCUUACUCGAACCGGUUUAUAAUGUUCUAAGAGCAGAGUUUUUGAACCAAACGGGUGGGAUUUUAAGGGUUUUAGGGGAUCCGAAUUUUGUGUUUCAAGGGGCAAUGGAUUUAUGUUACCUGGUCCCAUUGGGUCAAAAUAAUCUGCCAAAUUUACCCUCGGUGAGUUUCAUAUUUACCGGGGCCGAAAUGGUGGUAUCGGGUGAUCGGGUUUUAUAUCGGGUUCCGGGUGAAAUAAGAGGGAAUGAUUCAGUGUGGUGUUUGAGUUUUGGGAACUCUGAUCUUUUAGGUGUGGAGGCUUAUGUGAUUGGUCAUCAUCAUCAACAAAAUAUGUGGAUGGAAUUUGAUCUCGAGAAAUCAAGGAUUGGUUUGGCUCAUGUGCGGUGUGAUUUGGCUAGGCAGAGAUUUGGUGUGGACCUUUAGGGAACAGGUUCCAUACUAACACCUUCCUUU